GCUAGAAGAUCCCCAGUUCGCAUCCCACCCUCGGGAUCUUUCUGUAUGGAGUUUGCACAUUUUCCCUGUGCAUGCGUGGCUUUUCUCCGUGUACUCCGACUUCCUCCCACAGUCCAAAAACAUGCUGAGGUUAACCGGUGAUUCUAAACUGUCCGUUGGUUUGAAUGUGAGUGUGACCGUUUGUCUCUAUGUGUAGCCCUAUGAUAGACUGGUGACCUGUCCAAGUGUCUACUGCCUUCACCGUAAGUCAGCUGGGAGAGACUAGCCACCACUGCAACCCUAAUGAGGAUUAAGCAGUGUAUGGAUAUAAUUCACAUGUCUAUUAUCUAGUAUCUCUUUGUUUGUAACCACAGACUGGCGAUCUCUAAUUUGCAGCUUUGGCUGUUAAGUGUACCAGAGAAUAAAGUUGUAUUCCUAUAGCAAAAUAGUACUUGAGACCUGUGUAAGUAAAUUACAAUUGCUUAUACAGUGCUUCAGUACUUCCAUCACUCUAUUUACAUAGAUAGAUAGAUAGAUAGAUAGAUAGAUAGAUAGAUAGAUAGAUAGAUAGAUAGAUAGAUAGAUAGAUAGAUAGAUAGAUAGAUAGAUAGAUAGAUUAAACCUUUAUUGAUCCCACAGCGGGGAAAUUUACAGUGUAACAGCAGCAGAUGGAACAGUUUGAAUAAAAAAAAGAGAGCAGCACACAAUGCACACAGUGCAUAGAUAUAAAUAUUUUCUUCUUCUUUAUGGUUAUUUUAUGUUUCCACAUGCACAGUCUUACAGUAAGACAAAAAUAGUCAUGAUCAAUGCUGUAGUGUGUUUUUUUUAUUACUAACAGAUCCACCUCUAAACCCCAAAAUUACAAAAGUACCUAAACGCACCUAAACGGCCAGUGUCCCGAUUUUUUUCUGUAGCACUUGAAAGCAUCACUAUUGUUUACUUUCAAUGUGAAUCUCGUAACCUGAUUGGUCCGCCGUGAUUUGACGCGGGAAAACCGGAGCAAACUUCAGUGACUAACUUAGCUUCACUUUCUUUUCCCAUCAGUCCAACUCUUAAACUUGAAUUUUUUACUCAAAGAAUCCUGUAUACAAAGGUACAACAAAAUGUUUUACUACCCGAAUGUCCUCCAGCGUCCUACUGGAUGUUUUUCCACAAUUUGGUUAGCAGCUACUAGAGGUGCCAGGGUCACUCGCAGGGAGCUUCUCAGAGUCAAUAUCAAGCAAACCUGUAUGGACAUCAUGGAUUAUGUGACCGCACAGGUUCCUCCACCACAACCCAACCUGCCCAAGCCUCGGUUCAGUCUCUACCUGUCAUCCCAGCUACAGUAUGGAGUAGUUGUCGUCUACCACCGGCAGUGUGGCAUCCUGCUUGAGGAAGUCCAAAAAACCAUUGAUCGUCUGCUGCGCUCUAAGAGAUGCAUACAUAUUGACAUGGCUGAAUCUGACAGGAUUGGUUGGGAUGUUCCAGACAGCCUGUACAUGAUGGAGAAGGCUGAGGGAGCUCAGGAUCCCUUCUUCGGUCUAAUGGAAUUGUACCAACUCCCCAGCCCCUAUAAAAUACACCAGACACAGUUUGUGAUUGAAGAGAUGGGUUCACAGCACUCCCUGGUGCCCAAUCCCCACACCACACUUGACCAGAAUGCUUUCAGGUCAUCUCCAGCUGCCAUCACUAUGACAGAGAAGGAGCAGUUCGUCAUCACCGCUGCUGAGUAUUUUGAGGGAGACGACCUUCCUGAAGCCACAGACAGAGAGAUUCACUUGUUGAUGGAACAACCAGACCAUUUCCGUAGUGAAGUGAAGGGGAGACAAACAGAGAGGAGGAGCAGGGAACUUGAGGGAGCCAUGUCUUCUGUUGACCAGCUGAAGGAGUCAGUGUUGCGGACGGAGCAGGACAGUGUGUGGCUGCUGGACGAGGAGUCGGGUCAGCCUGUACAGGUUUCGAUGACAGCUGUUGCCUUGGAGAUGACCCCUGUGCAUGUUGCCAUGCCAACACCACCCUCCAGAGCAUCCGACAAAGUUGAGGUCAGAGGGACAGAAAGCCCCUGUGAGGAGAUGGUUGUUCCUCCUUUCAGGAAGCGAGGUGGACGAGGAAAGCGUCAGCUGGUUUUUGCCGACCCUGAGGUGCAGAUAUCUGACAGAGCAAUGAAGGAGCAGAUUGGAAACCCGCUGGCUGAGACACAAGACCUGUCGACGGUGUUGCUGGACCUGCCAUCUCUGACCAAGUGUGCAACUCCUGCUCAGCUCUUCAAUGCCCCCUGUGGAUCCCUCCUCAACGCUGACCUCAUGUCGCUAUGGAAACAGCAGGCCUCCAUCACUGUCCUGCCUGGACGUGGGGACAGACAGAGAGGAGAGGAGGAGGAGGAGGAGGAGGAGGAGGAGGAAGAAGAGGAGGCGAGAGGGGAGUCAGAGCAGGACAGAGAGAUACUGAGGAUGGAUAGGAAGAGGAGGCGCUCAGGCAUGAAGGAGAUGUCCAGUGAAUCAGGACUGCUACCUGUAGAAGGCUCAUCUGUGUUAGAUGUGAUCCUGGACAUGUCCAAAGAAGACAAAUCUGCAAGUGAUAUGAUUACUCCUGUCAGCAGAUGGUCACCGCAGGAAGAUAUCCAACCACCAAUGGAGCCUAUAGCCGAGGAAAAUAUUCAGCUGCCUGAGGCUCUGACUGACACAGAGAGCAGGAACAUGCUGAGGUACUACUAUACGCAUUCAAAUGGAUCAGCUUCAUCCUGCAGAGGUUUGGAAAAGUCACCUUUGAUUCUCUGCUGCCCCCGGAGACCCACCGCUCCACUGCAGCUCACACACUCUACAAACUGCUGGAGCUGCUGUCUGCUGGACAGGCGACUGCACAUCAGACUGAACCAUACAGUGACAUCGGUAUAAAGCCUGCAGGGCUCGGUGUGGAUGUCUGAACAACCACAGCGUUCAGCUCAAGCCCCACAGAGUUACAGUUUCUGUUCCUGUUUUUAGCCACUGUCAGAAGAUAAUCCGUCUUUCACUUUUUAUCACCAACACAUCAUCAGUUAUCAUUGUUUUUAUGCAUAUUUUUCAAAAAUCUUCAGGAGAGUAAAGCAUUGAGCUGUACUAAUUGUAUUUUUAAGAAUGGUUAAAACUAUUUAAAUCUUGCUGGUUGUAUUUUUGAACAGUUUGUUAGUGUUACUGAAGUCUGAAACUAGCAGGUUUUGUUGAGGAGUUUGUAUGUUUGUAUGGACUUUUGUCCUUUUAAAUGAUUUUAAGCUACAGUUUUUAUACAGUUUGUAUCUGCUACAUGAAUAGUUAUCUUUUUAAGUACUUCAACUUUUAAUAAAC